AUGGACUCAAGAGCCUUCAUUGAAAACCUCAAGGCAGAUCUCACUUGCUCUAUCGACCUGAGCUACUUCACUGACCCAGUGACUAUCAAAUGUGGCCAUAGAUUUUGCAAAGUGUAUCUUCUCCAGUGCAGGGAGGGAGCCAAUGAAACCUGGACCUUCCCAGAGUGCAGAGGAGUCAUUCAAGACAGUGACUUGGUGCCCACCAGGAACCUGCAGAAUCUGUCCAUCACUAGCAAAAUGCUCAGACCUCAUUUGCUGCAGGGCUUGGUGGACCUAACCACCUGUGAUCAACAUGGGGAAAAAGAGAAGUUCUUCUGUGAGGAAGACAAGACAGUCCUCUGUGAUUCCUGUUUAUUAGCCCCAGAGCACAAGGAUUGCCAAGUGCUUCCCUUGGAAACAGCUGCUGACAAGGGCAAAGACAAGCUCCAGGAGACCCGCACUGUCUUACAGGAAAAAGAGGAGGAAUUUAAAGCUAUGUUGGAUGAAGUAAGAAGGAGAGAGACUAGAUGGAAGGAGGAUGCCGAAACAUGGAAGCAGUCUAUUACGUGUGAAUAUGAGAAGCUGCAUGAGUUCUUAUGGGAUGAAGAAUAUCAAUAUUUGCAUGAAUUUAACCAUCUUUUUGCUGUUUUGGGGGCUCAGGCCUUCACCUCAGGCAAACACUACUGGGAAAUGGAUGUAGGAGAUAAGACUGAGUGGGAAUUGGGCAUCUGUAAAGAUUCAGUCAGCAGAAAGGGGAAGCUCCCUUCCUAUGAGGAUAUGAGGACCCUAGCAGAACCUCAGACGCUCAGAAACCUGCUGGUCCUGGUGCGUGCCAAUGACAUGGAUCCUUGCUACGUGACCCAGUUAGGUAGGAGAACUGGAGAGCUUUGCAAGUGCUAG